UGUCGAUCGCAGCCCCUUUGGAAGACGUGCAGACCAAUGUGCGUCACUGUCUUGGCGCUGCUGGCGUCCGCCGUUUCCAUGGCGACGGGGGGACGCCACUGUGACCCCGCGGGAGGAUGUGCUCAGAAUGACAGUAACACUCAUCACGCCACCAAACAAACAAACGACACCUGCGCCGUUUGGGAGACCCCUCACACCAAACACCUGGAAAACCUCCAGAUAUCAAGCAGACAUUUCAUUGAUGCUUUCCCGCUGGACGCUGCGGGCACUUCCGUACGCACCGUGACCAACGGUGUUUUCUCGCUGUCUGCACCAACGCCGCUCCGAGGCCCGCUGACAUUAGUUGCUGUUUCAAAGGAAGUCCUGGAGGACAUUUUAGAUCUGGACUUGUCCGUGUUGCAGUCGGAGGACUUUGUCCAUUAUUUCAGUGGCGGUAAACCGUUUCCUGGAUCUGUACCACUUGCCCACAGAUAUGGAGGCCACCAGUUUGGCUACUGGGCAGGCCAGCUUGGAGAUGGAAGAGCUCACUUGCUGGGCGAGUACACGAACAAGGACGGAGAGAGAUGGGAGCUGCAGCUGAAAGGCUCGGGAAAGACACCUUAUUCACGAUCUGGAGAUGGGAGGGCCGUGUUGCGCUCUUCGGUCCGGGAGUUCCUGUGCAGCGAGGCCAUGCACUAUCUGGGUGUUCCCACCAGCAGAGCUGCAAGCCUCAUUGUCUCUGAUGAACCAGUGUGGAGAGACCAGUUCUAUGACGGAAACGUUACGAAGGAGAGAGGAGCUGUCGUUCUUCGCCUUGCCAAGUCAUGGUUCCGCAUAGGAUCCCUAGAGAUUCUCGCCAGAAGCGGUGAGGUGGAUCUCCUCAGGAAACUGUUGGACUUCAUUUUGGAAAAAUAUUUCCCAACGAUACAGUCAAACGAUCCCGACAAGUUUUUGGUGUUUUAUUCCAAAGUCGUGAACGAGACGGCACAGCUCGUGGCCCGGUGGAUGUCUGUUGGCUUCGCUCAUGGUGUGUGCAAUACGGACAACUUCAGUUUGCUCUCAGUCACAAUCGAUUACGGUCCAUUUGGUUUCAUGGAGUCUUUUGACCCAAGCUUUGUUCCCAACUGGUCUGAUGACGAGGGGCGGUACAGCAUGGGACGGCAGGCCAACGGCGGCAGGUUCAACCUGGGAAAGCUGGCGGAGGCACUGGGACCCAUCCUGAGGCCAGAGCAACUCUCGCUGAUGGAACAGAUACUGAAGGACUAUCCACAGAUUUAUCACAAGAGGUUUCUCGAGUUUUUCAAGGCAAAGCUGGGUUUGCUCGGACAUGACGAGAAGGACGAGGACCUGAUUGCGUUUCUGUUGAAGCUGAUGGAGGACACGCACGCCGACUUCACCAUGACCUUCAGGCAGCUGAGUGAGCUCUCGGACCACCAGGUCCAAGCCCGCACCAUCCCACCGGAGGCGUGGGCCAUCCGGGACCUGGCCAUGCACGAACUCUUCUCCACCUGGGUGGACAUGUAUGUCCGGAGACUUCAGAAGCAACAGAAUGACUCCGAUGACGACCGACGGAGGAGAAUGAGAAGUGUGAAUCCAAGGUAUGUUUUACGAAACUGGAUGGCAGAAUCUGCAAUCAAAAAAGCAGAAAGAAAUGAUUUUUCUGAGGUCCAUCUACUGCAGCGGAUUCUGCGAUGGCCGUUCCAGGAGCAGGCAGCUGCAGAGGCAGUGGGGUACGCCGCUCAACCCCCCGCGUGGGCACGGGAGCUGAAGGUCAGCUGCUCCUCCUAAGCGGUCAUUCCUUUGACCGGUCCUUCUGACCGCCUUCGAGGACUCGACUCGGGUGAUCCUCACGAGUGCCUUCAACGGUCAUAUGUUUGACCUGAAUGCAGUCAAAGGUCUCUUCUUAGCCAACACUUCUGAGGCCCUGUGUCCAGCAGGGUGACUGCAGUCUGGACACCAAACUGCACACCACAUGAAUGAUCAGAUUUUUUUUUUUUUUUUUUACCAGAUUAAUGUUCAGCCGUGUGGUUGCAGGUCAUUUUGAUCCACAGAGGAGUGCAGCUGCUACA